AGCGAUACUUGUACACAAUUAAAGUAACACCCACCCUCGGAAACCAUGAAUGAGUCUAAGGCCGUAGGGCAAGCAUUACCAACUGGAGAUUCGGCGCCGAAUGUUCAUGUUGAUGACAAUGUCGAUGUCGCGAACCAGAGGGAGGGGCUUGAGAAGGAUCUGGAGCAGGUGAAGAUUGAGGAUACUAGUAAUGGGGAUGGGCAAGCGAAUACUGAGGGAGAGAAUGGUGCGGACGUACGAUUACCGCUCACUGAUGCUGCGGAGGAAGGAGAUGGAGAUGUCAAGGUCGAGGUAAACGGACAAGAAGCCAUCGCAAAAGUGGAAAAAGACGCAUCAAACAACGACUCCGUCAAACUUGAAAGAUUAUCGGACGCCGGCGACGACUCACCAUCCGCAGAAACUAAGGAGGAGACAGCAAGCGAUGCGUCGUCACCACAAGAAGACAAGCCACGUAAAGCCAAGCCCGUCACUCGCGAACCUCAGCUCUUCGACCACCUUCCCUCCACAAAAGAUGAGGCGGCAAAAACCUUCGAAGAGCUCGCGAAGAGUUAUUAUCAGAACAAACAGCUUGGGGUGUCUUCGCAGAAUGAGAUCAUGACGUGUGAUUGUUGGCAGCAAUGGGAGGAUGGUCAGAAUAUGGCUUGUGGGCCUGAUUCGGAUUGUAUCAAUAGGUUGACAUCGAUGGAGUGCGUUGACGACAGCGGAUGUAAUUGUGGCGACGAAUGCCAGAACCAACGAUUUCAACGACGACAAUACGCCGAUAUCGACGUUAUCAAAACUCAGAAGAAGGGAUACGGACUCCGCGCCAACUCCGAUUUCCCACCUGAUCACUUCAUCUAUGAAUACGUGGGCGAUGUGAUUACCGAACCACAAUUUCGAAAGCGAAUGGUCGAAUAUGAUAAGAGUGGUGUUAAGCAUUUCUACUUCAUGAUGCUGCAGAAGGGAGAGUUUAUCGAUGCGACGAAGAGGGGUGGGUUUGCGAGGUUUGCGAAUCACUCCUGCAAUCCGAAUUGUUAUGUGGAUAAGUGGGUCGUGGGCACGCAUCUACGCAUGGGUAUCUUCUCGAAAAGGCCGAUUAAGGCUGGAGAGGAGUUGACGUUUGAUUACAAUGUAGAUCGGUAUGGAGCUCAAGCACAACCGUGUUACUGUGGAGAACCGAAUUGUAUCGGUUUUAUCGGAGGAAAGACACAGACUGGCGCAGAUAACACCAAGAUGACACAAACGGUCCGCGAUGCCCUAGGUCUGGAAGACGAGGAAGACUGGGAAACCGCAACAGCCAAGAAGAAGAAAAGAAGAAAGGGCGAAACCGACGAAGAAUACGCUGCCAAACUAGCACCAAAGGCAGUGACGGAGAAGGGCGUGACGAAGAUUAUGAGUACGCUCAUGCAAUCCAAAGAACAAUGGAUGGUCAACAAACUUCUCACUCGAAUUCGAAUUAGCGAGGACCCCGCCGUCCACCGCCGUGUGAUGCGUAUGCACGGGUACCAAAUCCUCGGUACCGUUCUCUCCGACUACAAAUCCGACCCAGCGAUCUCCACCACCAUCCUCGAAGUCUUACUCUCCUGGCCCCGUGUCACUAAGAAUAAGAUCUCAAGUUCGAGUAUUGAGGAUACGGUUAAGGAAUUGUCUGGUGCGGAAGAUGAGGUGGUGAGGGGUUUGGCGGAGAAGUUGUUGGGGGAAUGGAGUACGCUCGAGAUGGCGUAUCGGAUUCCGAGGAGGGCGAAGACGGAGGCAUCAGUGGAUUCGGCGGCGGUGAGUGAGGCUGCGGAGAGUCCGAAGCCGACGCCUAUCGAGGCACCGAAGGGGCCGGCGGCGGAGAGGGCGUAUCAGGGAUCGGGGAUCGGUACACCUACGGGUUUCCGGCCACCGUUUCCGAGGCUAUUCCCGCCGAGACCUCGACCGAUGUCACGCGGUUCGUUUGGACCGGGUGGCCCGCCGAUGGGACCACGGGCCCUUAGAGGUCCGGACGUCAAUGCGCUGCCGCCUGGCUGGGAAGAGGCUCAGGAUGAUUCUGGGCGGACGUAUUACUACAACAAAGCCGAAGGCAAAAACCAGUGGACGAGACCUAUGUUUAGCGAUUCGCCAAAGCCGGUUGUCGAGACGAAGCCUGAUUUACAGUCCAUUAUUGAGGCUGCGAAGGCGAGUUUAGCGCAAAAGGAGGAAGCUGAGAAGAAGGCUCAGGAAGUUGAGAAAGAUGGUGGUGAAAGGAAGGAGAGGAAGGAAAAGCCUCCCACACAGAAGCUGCUCGAAAAGGUGCUUGCGCCCUUCGUGUCCAACACAGUCAACAAAUAUUACGGCAAAUCCGGAGCACUUGGCAAAGAUGAUGUCAAGAAGUAUGCGAAGGAACUCGCUGCCAUUCUCGUGCAAAAAGAGAUCAAGGCGGGGAAGACGGAGAAAGACUUCAAGGAGUUGAGUGAGGAGAAGAAGAAGAAGGUGAAGGGGUUUAUUGUGAGCUAUAUGGACAAGCUGAUGGCGCAUAAGAAGAAGAAGGGGGCUAAGGGUGGGGAGAAGGAGAGCCAGAGCUCGAGUCAGGGAGGGAGUCAGACGCCGAUGGAGAGUAUGGGUGACGCUUCUCAGAGCGAGGUGCUACCGAAAUCAACGGAAGAUACCGCGUUGAGUACGAUGGGUGCAAUGAAGGAAGCGCCUCCUCCACCGCCGCCUGUUGAAGAUAAUGCCGUUCUGGACGAAUUCCAAAUCGGCGGCGACGACUUUGGCAUGGAAGACGAGAUGAUGGAGGAGGCCAGCGCCGCGCCGAGUCGCAAGAGAAGCGGAUCACCAGAAGCAUCGAACAGAGAUGAAAAGAGACCGAGGAGCGCGUCCGAGGUGAAGGGUCUGGAGUCAGGUAAAACCUGGCAGGAGUUGGGCAUGAAUGAGGAUAGAGCACGUAUGCUGGGAUUGUUGUAAGGAGUACGGGCAUAACAAAAAAUAUGGCAUUAUAUUAUAGGGAGAAGGAACAUUUGACUAGGCGUUUGAAUUGGCCGUGGCAUAUCCAGCAAGGCAUAUAUCAGGAGGGAC